UUGCUUUUUUCGAAGUGUUCUUCGUGUGGUUUACGCGUGGUAAAUACCGAUUCAGUGAUUAUGGGUGGUGAAGAAGGCCUUGGAGUGACUACAGGUCAACCGAAUCUUUAUAAACAAGAUCUUUCAAAACUAGAUGUUAGUAAAUUGACUACAUUAUCUCGUGAAGUUAUUAGCAGACAAGCAACAAUUAAUAUUGGUACUAUUGGUCAUGUAGCGCAUGGAAAGUCUACAAUUGUAAAAGCUAUAUCAGGAGUACAAACUGUUCGUUUUAAAAAUGAAUUAGAGAGAAAUAUUACAAUCAAACUUGACUCUCGUGCAGUGGACGAUACCAGAGGGGAACAAGAAGACCCUAUUGGCAGUACAAGCAAAAUGCCUUCUACACGAGCAAAAAGACCAGCUUCUUCAGAGAAUCUUCGACCAAUCGUCAAACAACGGAAAAUCGAACAAGAAUUCAUUCUUUCUCAAGAAAAUGGUGAUGAUUCUAGUCAGUCACCGAACAGUGAUUCAAUCGACACUAAUGUCGCCUUCAAACAAGUCACUGAGAAACAAGGAAUAACCAAAAAUAACUCCAAGAACAAUAAUAGCUGUGAUGAAAAUCAGGAAAUUAAUGUCAAAUACAUAAGACUGAACGAAUUAAAUUAUAAUAGCAAUGUUGAAGGACGUGGAAUUAAAUAUAAUUUAGGGAAUGUUCGAUUAAAGGAACUGAAAGUUGUAUUAGAGGAUAUAAGACAGGGUAGUAAAACUGAAAUGAAUACUUUAUUAUCGAAAAAUAAUCUUUGGGAAGUAGAAAAAAUUCUUGGAAAAAGAGAACAAAAUGGCGUGUUAAUUUAUUUAAUUAAAUGGAAAAAUUGGGACUCGGAAUAUAAUAGUUGGGAACCAGCGUCGAAUUUAGUAAAUUGUUCAGAUAUACUACAAGAGUUUGAGAUACACAGAUCAAAGUUGCUUAAUAAUUUUCAGCAAAAAAUGAAUUUCUAUCCUAGUCGACGAGACGUAGAGAUAUAUUUAAAUCACCUUAAACAUAGCGGUAUAACAUUAAAAUCUGUUUGGAUAGAAGCAGAUGUAAUAUACAAAAAGAUACAUAAUUUUUUCAAAUGCGCACAGAUUAAAAGAACUGAUAAAAUGACAAGGUCUAUAAAGCAUGACAUUCUUCUUAUGUUAUUUGUUGAUUUGAGGAAAGCACAAUUGCAAUCGUUAACCAAUUGGGCAAAUGAAAUGAAUAGCAUAGCAAACGGAAAGCCAUUAAUAAAAGUGGAAAAUAUAGUAGACCUAGAAGGAGCGCCUAAAGACUUCUGUUACAUAGAUGAAUAUUUACCCGGUGAUGGUGUAAUAAUACCUGACGAUCCACCUAUUGGUUGCGAAUGUAAGAUUUGUAAUUCUAAAACAAAAUGUUGCUUUGUUCAGAAUGAUGGUUUAUGUCCCUAUACUUCAUCGUGUAAAGUCCGAGUCCCUCCAGGCACGCCGAUAUACGAAUGUAACAAACGAUGUAGCUGUGACAUAAGCUGCAUAAAUCGAGUAGUACAGCGCGGCUCCAAAAUGGAAUUCUGCAUUUUUAGAACUGCCAAUGGACGAGGCUGGGGUGUGAAAACUUUAAAAGCAAUUAAAAAGGGUACUUUCGUGACAGAGUACGUUGGCGAAGUGAUUACAAGCGAAGAAGCUGAAAAACGUGGAAAGAAAUAUGAUGCUGCUGGAAAAACGUAUCUCUUUGAUCUUGAUUAUAAUGAGACUGAAGGGCAAUGUCCAUAUACCGUUGAUGCUGCCAUGUAUGGAAACAUUUCUCAUUUCAUCAAUCAUUCCUGUGAUCCAAAUCUAGCGGUUUAUGGAAUAUGGAUUAACUGUCUUGAUCCAAACUUGCCUAAGCUUGCCUUGUUUGCAACUAGGGAUAUUGCGAAGAAUGAAGAGAUUACUUUCGAUUAUACAUGCCAAUCUUCGAGAAAUAGUGAAAAUUCUAUAGUACAAAAUGUGUCAAUAAAAAAGAAUGUAAAUGUAGACGAAAUUACCACGAAAUUUCCACAAGAGUUUGCAGUACAUUCAGAGACACCGGAAUCCGAUUUGUUAAGUAGUAAAACACUGUGCAAAUGUGGUGCUCGAAGUUGCAGGCGAUAUUUGUUUUAGACUAUACUUUGCAAGUUUAUUACAUUACUACAUACUAAAACAAACUCGAUGUUUAAUUCUAUAGUAGCAAAUUGUACACGCAGAAUCCUAUAAAAAAAAGAAUGACAAAUUAUUACAUGCCCUUAUUAUACAUAUUAUUAAUUAUUAUCA